AUGCCCAUUAACACCUCCAUCGCGACGGGCUCCAUUGCCCUGGGUCUAGUGGGUCUCGAUAGUAUCGCGGCCUUUAAGAGCAUCGCCGAUCGGAUCUUCCGCAGACCCCAAUAUGAUGAGGCCAGUCUAGCCAAGACCGCCUAUCGCGAUUCUGAUGGUGAAGCUACCGAGGAAUCGCUCCGAGCCUUUUCCGAUAAAUGGCAGCGUGUCGCAAUCGCAGUCUUCUCAAUUAUCGGUCUAGGGUUCUCCUUGUCGCUCGCUGUUCUUUCAACUUCUCGUGACGAUCUGAACAAUCCGGUAUUGAAUUGGUUACAAUUUGCAACUUGGGUCUUACUUGCGAUUCAAACAAUUGCUUUUUUCACUGAACCCCGCCCAGCCAGUCGAUUCCGACUCGGCCAAUUCGCUUUCGUUGGAAGCAUCAUUCCAAUUGCAGUGGCUAGCUUGGAAAUCCAACAAGCUUACUUCUCCCAUAAUAUUCUUUUUCAUAAUCAAACUUGGAUUUGCCUGGUAGCUGCAGCUAUCGGCAGCGCCUUGUUACGUGCAUUAUUUACGAUUCUUCUGCCACGCCGCCCAAAUGUCUAUUUUGAAGGAGGCGUGGUAGAUAAAGAAUUCACCAUCACAGCUCUGGGUCGCUACAGCUUCACCUGGGCCAGCGACUUGUUAAGCUUUACUGUUGGCCGCACGAAUCUAGAAAUUUCUGAUUUACCAAAGUUGCGAGCCGAAAAACGUGCGGACAGUCUUCGUGUGAAGUUCGAACGAGCUCAGGGCACCGGUAAUGUUUGGAAAGGGAUUUUUGUGGCCCAUUGGCGCCCUUUGUUGCUCCAAAUGGCUCUGACAACGGUGAUUGGCUUUUUGACCUUCGGCCCCCAGCUUGCACUGUUUAACAUCCUCCAAUCUUUAGAAGGUCGCGAUAGCGAGGGGUGGACGCCCACACGAUCAUGGAUAUGGGUUUCUGCGUUAGGAGUCUUUAUGCUUCUAUACUCCACUGUUGAGGCAUGGCUCUUCUGGUCUGUCUGGUCGAAGAUCGCAAUUCCGGUUUAUGCAGAGCUUACAGCUGUUGUGUUUGCUAAAUCUAUGCGUCGAAAGGAUGCAAAACACACCAAAAGCUCAAAGGAAGAAGACGAGGCACAAGUCUCCGCAAAGGCCCUGCUCACGGGUGAAGAUAAAAAGGAGGAUGAAGAGGAUGAUGAAGACGAUGUUAAAAAGAGCCGCCAGAGCAUUAUUAACCUGGCAGCUGUGGAUGCUCGUCGUAUCUCCGACGUUACUUCUUUCCUUUAUAUGAUCCCAUCUGCAAUCCUCAAAAUUGUGAUAGGAUGUAGUUUCCUGGUCAAUGUCCUGGGAUGGCAGAGCGCUCUCGCGGGACUUGGGGUUUCCGUCUUCAUUGCUCCGAUGAAUAUUGCCGUCACCAGAAGAUAUACAAGCGCCCAAGUCAAAAUCAUGAAGCUUCGAGAUCAAAAGAUGGCUAUUGUGACAGAGGUCAUUCAGGGUAUUCGGCAAAUUAAGUUCUCUGCUUUGGAAGAACAAUGGCAAAAAAGGAUAAGACAGGUCCGAGAGAAUGAGCUCAGUGCGCUAUGGGCCUCCUUCUAUUAUGAUGUUUUCCUACUGGCUAUUUGGAUUCUUGGUCCUAUCGCAUUUGCCUCAGUUUCAUUGACCGUCUAUACGGUCCUGUAUGGCAAUUUAACCGCCUCCGUUGCUUUCACGGCCCUCGCAGUCUUUGGUUCCUUGGAAGUGGCACUCGCUAUUCUACCUGAAAUUAUCACUAAUCUGCUAGAAGCCCAAGUGAGUGCUAGCCGUAUUGAUGAGUAUAUGGCCUCUUCAGAAAAGGUCACCAAUACAGUGCCUUCCGAUAGCAUUUCUUUCGAAAAUGCCACAGUGGCAUGGCCUGCAGAACAUCACCCUGGAGAGCAACAAGAAGAGGAGGAACGAUUUCAACUGCGUGAUUUAAAUUUCCAUCUUCCGAAGAGGAGCCUCAGCGUGAUAUCUGGUCGAACUGGUUCCGGAAAGAGUUUACUUCUUGCUUCCAUCCUUGGAGAGUGUGAUGUCUUGGGGGGUACCGUCAAGGUGCCAGUUCCACCCGCUCUCAAGGAUCGCUUUGAUCAUCUUGCAACAAGUGCCAACUGGACUAUCGACGACGCCAUUGCCUAUGUUGCCCAGAUGCCAUGGAUUGAAAAUGCAAGCAUUAGAGACAACAUUUUGUUUGGACUGCCAUUCAACGAGCCCCGCUAUCGCAAAGUUCUCUUCGCCUGUGCCCUGGAAAAGGACCUGGAAAUGCUCCCUGAUGGUGAACUGACAGACAUCGGCGCCAAUGGUAUCAAUUUAAGUGGCGGUCAACGCUGGCGUGUGUCAUUUGCACGUGCAUUGUAUUCCCGGGCUGGAAUCCUUGUCAUGGAUGAUAUUUUCAGUGCUUUAGAUGCACAAACUGGACGUCAUGUUUUUGAGCAUGCCUUGUCUGGAGAGCUUGGUCAAGGCCGUACCCGAGUUUUGGUAACUCACCAUGUUGCUUUGUGUUUGCCUCGGACAGACUACUCUGUGCUGUUGGAGAACGGUUGUGUGAAGUAUGCUGGUACUAUCGAUGAACUUCAGAAGUCUAACCAUUUAGACGAUAUUCUCCGAGAGGAGCACGCAGCUGAAGAAACUCACCAGAAGGCCGUAGAUGAUAAGCAAGAUGCUCAAGUCUCCGAAGGAGGGACACUCCAGAAGGUUAUUUCAAGUACUUCUCAUCGACGCCCAAGCACCACUGCCAAUGUUACUGCUACUACGCCUUCAAAGGAUGCCCCGAAAAAGUUCGUGAAAGAUGAGGAGAGAGAAAAGGGCUCUGUCCGUUUGUCUAUCUACAAAGCUUAUUUCAAGAUGGGUGGUGGUCUCCUAACUUGGGCGACUACUGCUUCAAUAUUCGCCACAUAUGCCGUGCUAAUGGUAGGACGGUCUUGGUGGAUAAGCGUUUGGACAAGCUCCUCGUCAAGUUCGGCAGCUAAGCCUGAGAUGUUCCAAGCAUUAUUGCAACACCCAAUGGCAGGAUCUACUGUGGCUACUGGACGUCCAGAAGUCGACCCACAGCUGAGUAUGUAUCUAGGCGUCUACAUUGGGAUCUCCGCUCUAGCAUGUCUGGUUGGAGCCGUUAGAUUCUAUUGUGCUCUUUCUUCCAGUGUUCGUGCUUCAAGAAACCUUUUCGACUCAUUGGUUUAUGCUGUCUUGCGUGCUCCCAUGCGCUGGCUAGAUACUGUUCCAAUGGGCAGACUUCUCAAUCGUUUCACAGCAGACUUCCACUUGAUCGACUCGCGUCUGGGAUACGAGAUAGCCUUCCUACUCGCCGAGAUGCUAGAUGUCUGCGGUAUUAUAUUCGCCGGUAUCAUCGUUUCCCCUUUCGUCAUCGUUCUUGCGGCUGCACUUCUGGCCAUCUGCCUCAAACUUUCUCUGACGUUCCUUGCUGGUGCCCGCCAAGCAAAGCGUCUCGAGAGUAUCGCCAAAAGUCCUGUCUUUGAGCAGUUCGGAUCAAGUCUGGCAGGCUUGGUCACUAUUCGUGCUUUCAACAAAACAGAGGCCUUCAUUGAAACGAUGUAUAGUAAGAUCAACGCCCAUGCUCAGUCCUGGUGGGCCGUUUGGCUGUUCAACCGCUGGUUGGGAAUUCGUAUGAAUCUGGUUGGAGCUAUCUUCUCGACCCUGACCGCGGCACUUGUGGUCUCGUUGCCUGGCAUGUCCGCUUCUAUGGCUGGAUUCGCUCUGAGCUUUGCAUUACAAUGCAAUGCUGCCAUUGGGUUUGCUUUGCGACAAUAUUCUAACCUUGAACUCAACAUGAAUGCAACCGAGCGAGUCGUCGAGUAUUCCGAAAUCGAGCUGGAGAACCAAGGUGGUGCCCCCGCACCAGCUGCUUGGCCUACAGAGGGACGCCUUGAAGUCGAUAAUCUAGUCGUGAGCUACGCACCAGACCUUCCACCCGUACUCAAGGGACUCAGCUUCACGGUUGAGAAAAACCAGCGAGUGGGCGUUGUUGGCCGUACAGGUGCUGGUAAAUCAUCUUUGACCUUGGCACUAUUUCGCUUCCUCGAAGCCCGCGAGGGCUGUAUCUUUAUCGACGGUUUGGAUGUGUCCAAGAUCAAACUGCACGAUCUCCGCAGUCGAUUAGCUAUCAUUCCACAAGAUCCAGUCAUCUUCUCGGGCAGUGUCCGGUCCAACUUGGAUCCUUUCGAGGAGCACACUGAUGCCGAGCUGAACGAUGCGUUGGCUCGAGUGCAUCUCAUCCCUUCAUCUGACGAUGAGGCAACUCUUACAUCUCAAACUGCGACACCCCACCCAGCUGGGGGCACUGGUGCAACCACACCUAAUACUGCCACAGCCCAGACUACCAACUCAAAUCUGUUCUCGUCAUUGUCAGCAAGUAUCUCGGAAGGUGGUCUAAAUCUCUCUCAGGGCCAACGGCAACUUCUGUGCCUCGCGCGUGCAAUCGUCUCCCGUCCAAAAAUCAUGGUCCUUGACGAGGCUACCUCUGCCGUGGAUAUGGAGACGGAUGCGCUCAUCCAACAGUCAAUUCGAGCCGAGUUUGAUGCGACGACGCUUUUGGUCAUUGCGCACCGUCUAAGCACCAUUGCAGACUUUGAUCGUAUCUUGGUACUAGAUGCUGGUAAGGCAGUCGAGUUUGGUACGCCUCGGGAUCUGAUGGACAUUGAGAAUGGUGUCUUCAAGAACCUGGUGGAGAACAGCGGCGAGAAAGCUGUUCUAGAAAAGGUGAUUUUUGGAUAA